UUAAAAAAAAACGAAAAUUGUUUUACUUAGAGAAAAAAAACAAAAUGAGUGAGUCAAAGGUAGGACCAAAUCGUCCAUUGUUCGUUCUAUUUGGUUCAUCAAUUGUGCAGCUAAGUUAUUUUUUUGAUGGCUGGGGCGCUUAUCUUACUGGUCGCUAUGCUCGUAAGGCCGAUAUAUCACUUCGUGGAUAUGGUGGUUGGACCUCAAGAAAUGCUCUUCAAAUUUUGAGCAAAGUCUUUCCACCGAAUGAUAAAAUUCAGCCUUCUCUAGUCAUACUUUAUUUUGGUGGAAAUGAUUCAACAGAUCCUGAUUUUCCUAAUAGCCCUAAUGUCCCUAUUGAUGAAUAUGUUGAAAAUAUGAGGAAAAUUAUUCUUCAUAUCAAGGGCCUUUCCAAAAACACACGUGUAAUUAUGUUAACCGCUCCUGCGGUGAACGAGGAACAAAUUAUUAAAUAUUAUGGGAGUAAUUUAGGUAGAACAAAUGAGAGAGGUCGUAUAUACUCAGAAGCUGGUAUCAAAUUGGCCCAAGAACUAGGCUUGAAGUAUAUUGAUUUUUGGUCAGCCCUCCAGGAACCUUCUGAUUGGUUGGAUACAGUCUUCUGGGAUGGAAUGCAUUUAACGAAAAGGGGAAGUGAGAUUGUGUCUGAAAAAAUCACAAAGGUAAUCAAAGAGGCAAAUUGGGAGCCAACCCUAGAUUGGGAAGAAAUGCCUGAUGAGUUUGAUGGGAUUCAGCCUCAUGAUUUUUACUAUGAGAAGGUGAUGGAGGGUAUUAACAGAAUAACGGGAAUUUCUGAUUCAUGUCAAGUUAAAUUAGAAUAAUAUAAUUAUGUUACAUCUUUUAAACACAAUUAUUUCAAAUUUCUAUUAUUACAGGAUGAUUUAUGCACCAAACUAUCCAAUAAAAUAAAAAUAUACAAGAAUCAUUAGAAUAAGUACUAGUCAAUUUCAUUUUUUUUUAUGUGUCUAGAUAAACUCUUUUGCAAAAGAGUAUCCAAUAAAUGUUCCUACGAUGGUUUUGCCAUUUUCUAGGAAUUAGGGUUUAAUUUGCUUUGUUGUGGAAUGUUUCUAUGUAACAGUGUAUUAUGGAAAGUUAUUAAUAUUUGAAUGGAAUAAUGAUUAUGAUAUUGGUCCAUCUUUCAUUCAAAAUAGUGUUUCAAUUCAUUUUGUGGUUUAUUUUAUACAAAUUUUUUUAAGAUUUUAUUUUAUACAUUUGAAUGGAAUAAU